CCCAUAGGGAUGCAGAUAGGGAGCAGGAAGCAAGAGAACAGUAAAGUCAGAUGAGCCGGAAAGGAGGCAGAUGCUAAGGACAUGAGGAAAGUAGCCGCCAGCGGCCCAAACACCUGAGAGAGAACGCCCGAGGGGGCAGCUUCUCAAGUGCAGGUUGUGCUGGGCUGGGCAUGGGCUGGGCAGAAGCCUAGGCUCACAGCCGCUACCAUCUGGACCUGGGAUCAUGUCUGCUAACAAGGGCUGGUGGGUGCCACCUGAGGGUGAGGACAGCCUGUCUGGGAAGUUCCUAAGGAAGACCAGGGAGUCUCCACUGGUGCCUAUAGGUGUAGGAGGCUGCCUGGUGGUAGCCGCAUACAGGAUUUACCGGCUGAAGGCUAGAGGUCCCACCAAGUUGUCCAUACAUCUGAUUCACACUCGAGUAGCAGCACAGGCAUGUGCUGUGGGUGCGAUCAUGCUCGGUGCAGUGUACACAAUGUACAGAGAUUAUGUCAAGAGGGCGUCAGAGGCUCCUGAGAAGUAGGGCUCCUGACAUGGCUGGACGGCCCGAUUCCCAGCUGUCUCCGUAUGCGCCCAAUAAAGACAUGUUGAAGA